AUGGGGACUGGAGGUGGUAUGAGCGAAAUGGGGACUGGAGGUGGUAUGAGCGAAAUGGGGACUGGAGGUGGUAUGAGCGUAAUGGGGACUGGAGGUGGUAUGAGCGUAAUGGGGACUGGAGGUGGUAUGAGCGUAAUGGGGACUGGAGGUGGUAUGAGCGUAAUGGGGACUGGAGGUGGUAUGAGCGAAAUGGGGACUGGAGGUGGUAUGAGCGAAAUGGGGACUGGAGGUGGUAUGAGCGUAAUGGGGACUGGAGGUGGUAUGAGCGUAAUGGGGACUGGAGGUGGUAUGAGCGUAAUGGGGACUGGAGGUGGUGUGAGCGUAAUGGGGACUGGAGGUGGUGUGAGCGAAAUGGGGACUGGAGGUGGUAUGAGCGUAAUGGGGACUGGAGGUGGUAUGAGCGUAAUGGGGACUGGAGGUGGUAUGAGCGAAAUGGGGACUGGAGGUGGUAUGAGCGUAAUGGGGACUGGAGGUGGUAUGAGCGUAAUGGGGACUGGAGGUGGUAUGAGCGUAAUGGGGACUGGAGGUGGUAUGAGCGAAAUGGGGACUGGAGGUGGUAUGAGCGUAAUGGGGACUGGAGGUGGUAUGAGCGUAAUGGGGACUGGAGGUGGUAUGAGCGAAAUGGGGACUGGAGGUGGUAUGAGCGUAAUGGGGACUGGAGGUGGUAUGAGCGAAAUGGGGACUGGAGGUGGUGUGAGCGUAAUGGGGACUGGAGGUGGUAUGAGCGUAAUGGGGACUGGAGGUGGUAUGAGCGUAAUGGGGACUGGAGGUGGUAUGAGCGUAAUGGGGACUGGAGGUGGUAUGAGCGAAACUAUGCUUCUUUCUGAACUCAGUGCAGACAAACUGAGUAGCGUUGUCGCUAACGAGCUCGAGAACCUUUAUGAGAUCACUUUUCUCGCGAUGUGGGCGCUGAUGCCCGGCCACCACACCGACAUCUUGGCUCUUUCUCUGCACUUUGUCAGCCCCCCAUGGAGUAGGGUAGCUGCGCCGUUCUCUGAGGCCAGCCUUUUCGGAUGUAGCCCAUGA